CUGUUGCACUGUUUCAGUUUUAUUCCGAAAUAUUGACAAAACUCUAACCUAAAAAUUUGUGUGCAGUUUACUUAAUAAAAUUUUAAACAAUAAAUGUCUAAUAAAUAAAUAAAUAAGUACAAUGGCGGAUGUACGAGAUAUUUUGGACAUUGAAAGUCCAGCUGCUGGAGAGCUAACCCGUGAAUCAAUCUUUGGCAAUAAAAAAACUGUAAAAAAAUAUGAUUACAAGGUAAAGAAACGUCCUGAGGGAAUGCACAGAGAAGUGUUUGCACUGCUGUGCAAAGAUAAUACUGAUGUUCCGCCUAUUUUCCCAACUGACACGGGGAAAGGGUACAAACAAGCGCGUGCUAAACUUGGUAUGAAAAAAGUCCGUCAAUGGAAGUGGACACCGUUUACGAAUCCUGCACGGACUGACGGUGCUGAGUUUCAUCAUUGGAGGCGAGCUGCUGACACUAACAAGGAGUACCCGUUCGCUAAGUUCAACAAAAAAAUUCCUGUGCCGACUUACACCAACACGGAGUACAACCAGCACUUGACUGUCAACGGAUGGACUCGCGCGGAGACUGAUCACCUGUUUGAUUUGUGUCGUAGGUUUGAUUUAAGGUUUAUUGUCAUCCAGGACCGGUGGGACACCAGCAAAUACUCCCCGAGGAGUGUUGAAGAUCUUAAGGAGAGAUAUUACCAAGUUUGCGGAGCGCUGACCAAAGCUAAGUCUUACUCUGACAAGAUUUACGUCUUUGACGCUGAUCAUGAAAAGCGGCGCAAGGAGCAGUUGAAGAAAUUGUUCGAAAGAACGCCGGAGUUGGUCGGAGAGGAGCAAACUCUGCUGACCGAGUUGAGGAAAAUCGAGCAGAGAAAGAAGGAGCGCGAUCGCAAGACUCAGGAUCUCCAGAAGUUGAUCACUGCGGCUGAUCAUCAAGCUGACCCGAGGAAAAAUGAGCGCAAGCAGGCUCUUAAGAAGACGACCACCACCUCGAGGAACAGGCCCAGUAAAUCUGAUACUGCUUACACGCAGAAACUCCAAGUUGUUGAGUCCGCGGGUAUCAAGUUCCCCGAUUUCAAAAAUAGUGGAGUCAGUUUAAGAGGACAAAGAUUGAAAUUGCCCAGCAGUUUGGGACAAAAAAAAAUUAAAGUCAUUGAGACUAUGUUGAACGAACUGAAGAUGGACUUGAAUCCUCCGCCAACUGAAGAAAUUUGUCAGCAGUUCAAUGAAUUGAGGAGUGACAUUAUUCUGCACUUUGAACUCCAAGGAGCUCUUGUUACUUGCAAUUACGAAUUGCAGUCACUGCGUCAUCAAUAUGAAGCCCUGGCUCCCGGAAAAACCUUGACUAUUCCUGCAGCACUGAUGCCUAAAAAUGAAGAAGCUGGUGGAGAAAAAGUAAAGAUGGAGAAUUAGGAAGAAGGAAAACAUUUGGAUGGUCCAAUUUGGCCUCCUAGCUUUCACUCCAUUCAAUUUAUUUAUGAUUAAUUGAUCAUUAGUUUUAAUAAAGUAGUUAGUUUUAGAUUGCAUCAGUUGAUUCGACCUCUACGACGAAUUACUUGACAUUAUUAGCUGUACUUGGUACAAAUUGAUAUAUCUGGCAAUAAUCAAUUAAUUUUUUAGCCAGAAUUGAGGCAUCGAAUAUUUUUUGUUUAAUAAUUUAAUUUUAUUAGAGGAAAGUUUCAAGAGUUCACAAGAUAAUGCAGUACAAUAAAUCUCCAUCUCUCAUAUUUUAGAAUUAUUAUUUCAAAUUGAUAAUUAUAAUUGUAAUAGUAAUUAUAAUUUAUAAUAAUCAACCAUCAACUUUAAUAUAAAUUUUAUUAAACAUAAACGAAAACAUAUAAAUAUAUAGUUUAUAAUUUAUAAUAAAUAAAUUACAAGUAUAUAUUUAUUUUUAAUAAUAACUGUUUGUGUUUAAAUCGAGGGUAUUAUGAACUACCCCAGUAGCUUUCCUCGUACAUAUUAUGUUAAGAGUUUGACAAAUAACUUAUUAACGCACGUAUUCACUCAUUGACGCUAAUGUCAGGUAAUUGAUAAAGCGAGAAGACUGUAUAAUAUUUUUUUAGUAAUAAAGAGCGU